AUGCAGCUUUUGAAUGUCCUCCCUGAUUUUCUCAAGGCCUUGCAGAUUUUUGUCGCCAUUGAUUUUCUUACCUGUCCAGUCACCCUUUCCAAGCCCCUCCCUCAGGUCACUCAAGUGCUGCUUGAUGCCAUCAUCGUCCAGACCUUUGUAACCGUCGGGCUUACUGUUCUUGCUUUUAUCCACGAACCACGCGAUGGCUUUGAGUUCUUUUUCGAUGUUGGUGACGUGGUCGCCGACUUCACGUUUUUGUGGAUCGACAUUUUGGUCUUUGAGUUGGUCCUUGAAACCGUCGACAGACUUGAAAGGCUGCAGCGCCUGGGGAAUGUCUGCAAGCAACUUUUGAUAUUGGCUGUCUAUUUUUCCUGCCCCCUUUCCAUCUCUCUUCGCUUUAUAAGUCUCCAUGAUUUCAUCAACUACAAAUUUACCAUUGCCCUUCAUCCCCUUGUUGACUUCCGUCUCAAUCUCCUUGACUUUCUGCAGAAUUUUAUUGGGGCCUUGGCUAGUCGGGCCUUGAGUGGGAGGAUUUCUAGUUGCAUUGUGCGCAUCUUGCAGAUUCUUGUGCAGCGUCCUAGUUACACCAACCACCGUAUCCAAUUCCUGUGCGAUGCUUCUGUUGCCGCCCACCUUUGCACCGCCGCCGAGAAAUACAGAUUCCAGUUCGUUGCCCACUUGCCGCACUGUAGAGGUGAGCGCGCACAUUAUCAAUUCCGCGGCGGCUUUUUUGCCACACUCUCCAUUUUUGCAUUUUGUGCAUUGUGCGUCGCACUCGCAGACGCAAUUUUUAAUAUUGGCGACGAGCCGUCCCACGUUCAACGCCUUUUCCUUUACAUAGUCGACUGUUUUUCGUUCAGCAGUAUAAAGCUCUUUAUCCAGCGCCGUGGCAAAUCCAUUGCAAAGCCUUUGGACAGCUUGAAUACUUUUAGUGAUACCGCCGCUGACGAUAUUAACACCUUCGAACGCCUCUUUGGCUGCAAUUGUAACGUCAUCGCUAAGCCUCUUUUUCAUUUCAAUCGCGAACUCCUUUAUAUUGCUGUCUCUACUCUCAUUAUACUCCUGCUCCAUGCCGAGUAUCCUCCGCACGGUGCCGUUGUACCUCAAGAUUGUGGCUUCCAACCAGCCCUUGGCAAUUUCUGCAAAAUUAUUGUUGCGAAAAGCCUCCGCAUAUUUUUGCACUCCAGCGACAAUGCCAUCCAGACCACUUGGAGUUUCGCCACUCCAACUACUUGUGUCACUCCCCUUAAUGCUCUCCACUUGCCCCUUAAUCUGCAAAAGCAUUUCACCAACAUGCUUUUUCAUACUGUUCACAAUAUCCUUUUGCAGCCUCCGCAAAUCAUCUUUCAUGCCGGCUUCCAAAUCUUUAACGGCCUCAGUAACUUUACUUACUAA